AUGGAUAAGUGGUUAAUAAAAAAAUCAAUUAAAACCACAGAUCACUCUACUGAUGCGAAUAACAGUUCUAACUCUUUGAAUGUUGAAUCGAAAAGUGAAAUUUCUCAAAAAAAAAGGGUGUUUCAAGAAAAAUGGUUACAAUUAUAUCCGUGGUUAUUAUAUGAUCGCGUGAAAGAAAAAUCAUUUUGUUCAACAUGUUCAAGUGCUGUUGAAAAUAAAGUUGAUCUUCCUGCAUCUUCUGUGCCUGAUCAAAAUUUUAAAAACGCAUUUGUAGUUGAAGGAUUUUCUGCGUGGAAUAAAGCUUUGGAACGAUUCAAAUUCCAUGAAGGUAUGACUGAAGAAAUUGUAAGUGCAAACAAUUCUACAACCAAUAAAAUAAUAGAUUUGACCGAGGAUUCUUUUUCUAUGGACAUUAGUAUUGAUUAAAUCAAUAUUUUAUUAUACUUUGACACAAGUUAUAAAAAAAGUAGAAAGUAAAAGUGUUUCAACAUUAUGUUCAAACACAGAAACCCAAAGGUGUAUUAGGUGAAAUAAAUAUGAAAAAAUCAUCACAGUUAACUCUGCGGAAAUCUCUUCUUUAUAAUGUUAAAAUGUUUAAAUGAAAAAAUGUAGUUGUACAAAAACUUUUUUAAGAAACAUCUUGAAAUACCA